CCCCCUAAAGGAGCAUCAUCAUCACCACACGCUGCUGCUUUCCUGGUAACGUCUGAAUUCUCAUAACUGUCUCUGCUGGAAUUAAGGAGAGGGAGAGAGCGCGCGUGAGAAGAAGAAGAAGAAGCAGAAGCAGAAGAAGGAGAAGCAGAAGAAGAAGAAGACGUUACCGUUCAUGAUUAGCUGUAAAUAGCGCGCACUGGCCGCUUCGGGACGCCACGCGCGCUCCAGCACAGCCCGGCUCUUCUGAACACGCUUAAACAGAGCCGCUCUCCUAAUCCGGUGUACUGUUCAGUGGUGUUUUGUUAUUUGAGGCUUUGGGGAGAUCUGGCACAGUGAAACUGCCUGCUGCAACCACAACACCGGCCGCGGGAUUUAAGGAUGACGGCCACCAAGGAGCAGCAGAUCCAGAGAGCCAGUGCGCAGCAGGACGAGGACCUGGGUGGAGUGAGUCCUCCUCAGAGAAACUGGAAAGGGAUAGCCAUCGCCUUAUUGGUCAUUCUGUUGGUCUGUUCGCUCAUAACCAUGUCGGUCAUCCUCCUCACUCCAGCGGACACUCUGGCUGGCAGUGACACUAAGCUGACAGUGGAGGAUCUGUUUAGUCCUGAUUUCUAUGUACACAAUCCUGAGGCUCGCUGGAUCAAUGAAUCUGAAGUCAUCUACAGGAACCGCCAUGGCCAUGUCAUUAGGUUCAACAUCCUUACUAAUGAAACAGAGAUCAUCCUGAUGAACAGCACAUUUGUUGCUUUUAAAGCCACUAAAUACUCAAUAAGCCCUGAUAUGAAGUAUGUGCUUUUUGCAUAUGAUGUUAAACAGGUUUACCGGCACUCCUUCACAGCUUCCUACAUCAUCUACAAUAUUCACACCAGGGAGGUGUGGGAGUUGGACCCUCCAGAGGUGCUUAACUCCAGAUUGCAGCAUGCUGCUUGGGGAAUGCAAGGACAGCAGCUGGUGUAUAUUUUUGAGAAUAAUAUAUAUUACCAGUCAGACGUGAAGAGCAACUCACUCAGACUGACUUCAUCGGGGAAAGAUGGCGUCGUGUACAAUGGCAUUGCUGACUGGCUCUAUGAAGAGGAGAUUUUGCAUACUCAUGUUGCUCACUGGUGGUCUCCUGAUGGUGAGCGUUUGGCGUUCCUGGUGCUGAACGACAGUCUGGUGCCCAACAUGGUUCUGCCCACAUUUACAGGAUCCACGUACCCCAAAGGCAGACAGUAUCCGUACCCUAAGGCAGGUCAGCCCAACCCCAUGGUCAAGCUGUUCGUGGUGAAUCUUUAUGGACCAACACACACCCUAGAACUCACCCCCCCUGAUGGGCUCAAACUCAGGGAGCACUAUGUAGUGAUGGUGAAGUGGAUCAGUAAGACUAAGACUGCAGUCAGGUGGUUGAAUCGGGCUCAGAAUAUCUCCAUACUGACUGUGUGUGACUCUACCACUGGAGCCUGCGUCAAGAGACAUGAGGAGACGUCAGAGCUCUGGCUCUCCAAACAGGAUCAGAAGCCUUUUUUCUCACAGGAUGGCAGCCGCUUCUUUCUAACUGUACCUGUAAAGCAGGGCGGCCGUGGGGAGUUUCAUCACAUUGCAAUGUUCACCACACAGGUUAGAGUGGAUCAAAAUGAGGUGCGUCACCUGACAUCAGGUAACUGGGAAGUGACAGAGAUUCUGGCCUACGAUGAAAGCUCCCAGACCAUAUAUUUCUUAAGCACUGAAGGAUCCUCAAGAAGACGACAGCUCUUCAGUGUGUCCACAGUUGGUCUGUUCCCACGGCGAUGCCUGACCUGUGACCUGAACAAAGCCCAUUGCACUUUCUUUAGUGCUGACCUCAGUCCAACACAGCAGCACGUUAUACUGCACUGUAAAGGGCCUGGAGCCCCCACAGUGAUCGUCCACACACUCAACACAGCCAAUUAUUUUAUUCUGGAGAAUAACUCUCUCCUCAAAGCUGCUCUGAGAUACAAGAGAAUCCAGAUCACUGAGUAUAAAACCCUACAGACUGACCGCUUUGACCUUCCUCUAAAGAUUUCCUUCCCGCCAGACUUCUCUGACUCACGCCAUUAUGGACUACUGCUGAUAAUAGACAGCGUUCCCGGUGGUCAGCAGGUGGAUGACCAGUACUCAGUAGACUGGGACUCUGUUCUGGUGAGCUCAGACAAUGUGAUUGUGGCUCGUCUGGAUGGCAGAGGCAGCGGCUUCCAGGGACAAAAGAUUCUACAGGAAGUGCACAAGCGUCUGGGAGUGGUGGAGCUCCAGGAUCAACUUGCUGCUCUAGAAUACCUGAUGAAAUUUCCAUACAUAGAUCAGAACAGGAUAGGAGUGUUUGGCCGGGGUUAUGGAGGAUAUGUGACACUCCUGCUGGUGAAGUCCACUGAGAGUUUGUUUAAAUGCGCUGUAGCCAUGUCCCCAGUCACUGACUGGACUUUACAUGCCUCUGCAUUCUCAGAGCGCUACCUAGGAGUUCCUUUACAGGAUGACAGCAGAUACCAGUCCUCCAGCGUGCUACAGAAUGUGCAGGGCUUUAGAGACCAAACUCUGAUGCUUGUACAUGGAACUGCAGAUGCAAAUAUUCACUUCCAACACUCAGCUGAACUCAUUAAGAACCUGGUGAAGAUCGGAGCCAACUAUACACUGCAGAUUUAUCCAGAUGAGGGUCACUUCCUGUCAGAACAAAGUCGGCAGCAUCUUUCAGCAUCUCUGAGUAGCUACUUCCGAUCCUGCCUGCAGGAGGACAUCUUCCCACUCAGUGAUGAGGAAGAGGAAGAGGAGGAGUAGGCUGAAGAGUGUAUAAACAGCAGGACCAUUACACACACACACACACACACCUUCAUCCACACAGACCUGUGUAACACACACACACCAGUGCUCCCUGUAGGAUCCCACCUUAAAGAGGCCUGCAGGUCUAAAUGGAAAGAUUUUUAGAUUUUAGAUAAGAGGGAGGGUGUGCCUGUGUGUAUGUGUGUGUGAGUGUGUGUGUGCGUGUGAUUAGAUAUGUAUAUAUGCAUGUGGGUUUAUGUGUUGAUGUUUAGACAAUAUGGAUGUUGAGAUAUGGGCCUAAAAGGUGUGUAGGUGUUUUGGGGUGCGUGCGUGUGUGUGUGUGUGUGUGUGUGUGUAUACUUGCUGAUAAUGGACAUUUGUAACUGGAAACGAACUUGGUUGCUACAACAACAACCGAAUCUUUCACAUAUCAGAAAUCACUGCUAUCUUAAGCCGGAUGCUUCAUGCACAGCACAGAUUUUUCGGUUGAAUCCUGAUUUGGCCAAUCACAGCACUGUCUGUUUGCGUGGACCUGAUCCAGUCACACAGCUGCAUGUUUGUGUUUGUUUUUUCUUCAAGUCUGUGUGCGGUAGACACCGGGACAAAAGCGCUGCACUUUGUUACCGCACAAGAAAAUGCUCACUGUUUCCAUGGUAACAACCUUCACCAAGAAGAAGUGGCAUUUCCAUCAACAAGCUCUAAACUACACUGAGAGGUUGAAAUGAUGAGGUUGAUUCUUGCGCGCACACUCACACACACACUCACACACACACACACACAUACACAAAGACAGGACUUUACUGAAUGCUGUAAAAAUCAGAUGCCCUGUCCACACACAAAACUGUCCAACAGGUGAAAAUAUUUAUUUCAGUAGGACAUGUUUCUGGAUCAAUAUUUCUUUAUUGUAGCUCAAACAACAUUGAUUUCAACUAAUAACUGCUAUCUGAUGUGAUCACUGUGAGUGUCCUACUCCUUUGAUUCCUGAAUCACUUAAAAAUUCCCUGCAGACAAAUGUUGUUAAGUCCGCAGUUUUCCCACAGAUGUGGAUUACUUCUGGUCAUUUUACCUCUACAGAUUCAAAUGAAAUACUUUACUUAUCAUUUAUGUAUCUAUACAUUCUACACCAAACUGACCAACUAACCUUCAAAUCAUUACAAACGCACAUGGCCAUGGAAACACCCAACACAUUCCUGAACUCCUCAUGCACUAGCUGCCACAGAGGUGGAAGCUGAUCAAAUGUGUCUCCUGGCACCAUUCAUAAAAUAAGCUCUGUACAUUUCUGUAUGCAGUAUGUUGAUGAUCUGUAAUAAUGUGAAAUGUUUUGAUAAGCUAUAAAUACUGCUUUAAAUACUGCUUUGUUUUAAUAUAUUGCAUGGAAUUACUAAAAUAUUACUGUACAGUUGGUUAUGGUAGUCAUGGGUGGACUUUGAAAGCAAUGUAUAGAGCCCGGAAAGGGCAGAUUUUCAGAUCUUGAAUUGUUUCUGGGCUGGUUUUAUUGACCAUAGACAUGGUAACCCUACUCCAGACACUCAGUCACUUCCAGAAAGGAAAAUGAAUGUGUAGAUCUGCAUUUAAUUCAUAAAAUGUAUUAAUUAAUCAAUCAAUUCAUUCAUUCAUUGUCACCACAGUCACCACUUUAUCCUGGUCAAGUUUGUGGUCAAUCUGCAAGAUGGGAAUAUACCCUGGAUGAGAAGCCAGUCUUUUGCAGGGCACCAUGCACACACAUGUUCACACAGUCACUCACACCUAGGGGCUAUUUGGUAUAACACGGUCACCUAUGGGAUGUUUCUGGGAGGUGGAAACCUACACAGUCAGUAACUCAAGCUCAGGAUUGAACACAGGACCCUUGAGCUGUAAGGUAGCAUUACUAUUAUUACAUUGAUCAGAUAGACAUCAGAUAGCAGUGAUCAGUUACAUGUAAUAUUAUUCAAGUAACAACAAAAAAUAUUGUUCAUCCAGGAACAUGUGCUACUUGAACAAAACACAUUCACAUGCUAGACACGAAUUUUCAGUAAUCACUAAAUCACUUUGGAGCAUUUUGCAUUAUUUUGUUAGUGUAUUUAAACUGCAAGUGCGUUACAGAUUUGUCUGAGUAAAGAGCAGUUUGCACAAUUAUGUCACAGAAAAUAAAUUAGAAGUAUGCAACAGAUCACACAUGGAGACUGCAAUAGCUUUAGAGCAACAGUAGUGCUUCAGAGUGAAAUGAAUUUCUGGGUAGUUGUCAUUAUCCUAGCUUAUAAUGAAAUAGCACAGAAGUGUACACAGCAUGCAGAGGGAUUGUUUUCUUUGUAAUCAUUGGAUGUAAAUUAUUAAGGUGACAAGAGCGCAUUAAAAGACUUGAAUGAGAGCAUCAUGCUGAUGGCACAGCGUGAUAUACUGGAAGCUUCUGUAGCUUUUGUGCAACCGAAAAACUGAAACCUGUUCAAACACAACUCAGUGACUAAUUAUACAAAAUGUGAGCUGAAUGUGGAAACUGAGGAAGAAUAUUCUAUACCAUAUUACCAUGUUUAAAUCUUUAGUGCAGUCAUUAAAGUCAUAGUGUGGACAGGCACUGUGUAAGGGUGCAUGUGUGUGUAUAUAGUAGACUCCAGAGAUGGCGGUGUGAUUUGUACAGAAAAGUGUAUCCAGUACAUACAUACAGUAUAUUUUUGCGAUUUAUCAUAUAUCAUAGUAGUUUAGCCAGCAGGGUAGAUAUUGUCAUCAGUACAUAUCUGUGUUGAUUUGAUUGUUUAUCUCUUUUGUAAUUUAGAUUUACUGUUUUUCUGCUUUAUUUUUGUUUGUUUGGUUGGGAUCAGGGCAAUGAGAAGGAAGGGAGGUUGGAGGAUUGGGCCUUUCUGUCCUCGAGUAAUGACUAUAAAUAAACAGCUCAUCCAAACUGA